CCAACAAUCUGGACACAGGAUCGACCUAGCCAUUGCUAGUCGCAGGACCGACAGGAGAAGAAACGGUCGACGACCAGAGUUUGUUGGAUAGGCGGUGCUUUGGAUCCAAGUUGUUGUCGCGGCUAUGCCGGCCUGGGCCGGGCGCCGGGCGGGCGCGCCCGCGCCGCCCUCCCCCGCGGCGCGAUGUCCCUGAACCCGCGGGAGCUCGGGACCACUGGCGCGACCCUGAUCUUCCUCUACGGGCUGCCGAACGACCUGCCGCGGCACGUGAAAGGUAAGCUGAACGGCGAGCACCCGAACUGCUCGAGGCCGACGAUCGAGUUCGUCAGGGGCUUGGUCGGCUUCAUCUGGCUCCCGGUCGGGGUGCAGCUCGUGUUCAUUUUCUACAUGGCCAACCUGGUGCUGAAUGCCCACAGCGCAGAAAGCCGGCUGGCGGAGCCCGAUACGCCGUGGUUCUUGAUCACGAUUGCCAUCGUCGUGCUCUGGUUCCACUGCUUCGGCACGCUGCCUCUCGGCGUGCGCGCCCUCAUGUUCGUCCACGACGCAGGGGGCGGCACUCACGAGAUGGCCGAGGGGGCCGCUUAUGACGAAGGUAGUGAUGAAGAUCCUCUUCCUCCAGCGCAGACGGGGCCGGCGAUGACCUCGGCCGCGCAAACGCUGGGCCCGUCCACCCUCAUGUUGGGACAAAGUUGGGCGCUCGCGUCGAGACCUGGCGGCGACUACGGCUACCAGCAGCUCAGAGAUGCGGUAAUCAAGAACAAGACGAUUCUCGGAAUGUGCGCUGUGCACGAAGAGGUCCAGACCAUCGAGAUAACAGUCGAUGGCAGCCACAGGCCAGGCGGGCACCAUGAGUGAGUGGUACGUGCCGGUCGUCGCGUCUACUUUCUGAUUAUUUUGACAGGUUUCUUAUGCCACUGCUGAUCGUAUUCAUCGGCGGGCUUUUUUUAUGCACCUCCAGAUCGCCCGGGAACUCGGUCGUGAAUUCAGCCGUGGUUGUAUGUAUUAACGGGAUCGACGAGAUAGUCAUGCUCGGAGGGUCCUACACAUCGAACCUGGUCUGGGAGUUCAACCUCCUGCUGCUACCCAGGUGGUUCUGGAAGUGGUACAGCAAGUUGUGCCGCGAGUGGGCGAUCGUCCUCUUCGGGGUUGCCUUGUUCACCAUGUUCGUCGGGCGCUUCGUCCUCAUCCUGUGAUGGCCCCUGGCGCGGUCGGGGGCCACUGGUGCGCCUCGUGCUGGCCUUCUUCCAGCCCGCUGGGUGAGGGCGGGACCCAUUCUCGCCCAUCCCCAGCUCCGUCCUCCUCCUCCUUCUCCUCCUCCUCCUCCUCUUACUCCUUGUCGUCUCAGUAACGUCAAUUGUACGCACAAGGCGCUUCUGGCUCGCCGCGUGAUACCACACUCGUGGCAGCCACGCGUGCAGUGCUGAACCGUUUCGCCCUCGCUGCAAUGGUUUUUUCUCCAGCGGUUCAUCGAGUCGGCGUGGGCUGGGCCAUUCCCUUUGGUCAUUGGUCCCAGCGCCCCCUAGCGAAUCUCCAGUUCUCUCAUCAGUUCCGGCAGUCGCCGCAGGACUGGGGUGACCGUUGGAUCGAAGAUUUCGUUGUCGACCUUUUUUAACGUGCACUGUUCAACCCUUUGGUGCAACCCAGCGUUGUAAAAUUUUGCGCGGGGCGCAAGUCAACAUCGGGGGGCCUCGCCUGUGCCGCCCCUUGCGCGGAGCGGCGAGCGAGCGGCGCCCGCGCCGCCCUCUGCGCGGCGCAGCGCCGCCCUUCGGCGACUGCGAACUGCCAAGGCCUUACGACCAGUGCCGGCGACCCUGGAGGCGGGACCCUCCCGGGACCCCCGCUGGCGCCCCCUCCAGGGACCCAGCGGGGCCCCCGGGGGGGGGCGGUAUUCUGACCGGGGGCCACCCUCCCACAC